AUGGACUCUGUUGAUGAUUUGCUGGAUGGGCAUCUUUACUUUUGCCUUUUUUGUCUUCACAGGAUGCACUUUUUGUGUGUGCUGCUGCUGCUUUUGCCUUCAGUGGCCCUCAGCUACAUUUCACCAGCUGCAAGCGUAGUGUGGGAGGAAUGGAAAAUCAAACAUAACAAAGCUUAUGAAAAUCAGACUGAGUUGACCCUCCGGAGGGCUAUAUGGGAGAAGAACUGGCUCUUGGUGCUGAAACACAACCAGGAAGUCUCGGCAGGAAAACACAACUUCACACUGGGACUUAACCACCUGACUGACAUGGUUGAGGAGUUGGGUCGCAGACGGAUAUGGGAGGAAAACCUAGAUAUGAUCAAUCUCCAUAACCUGGAAACGUCGCUGGGCCUGCACUCGUUUGAGAUGGCAAUGAACCACUUGGGAGAUCUGACAAUAGAGGAGAUCACCAGAACUCUCACAGGCACAGUCGUACCAUCUGAGCUGGAGAGGAUUCCUUAUGAACUGGUUAAGGUUAACCAGUCUCUGCCAUCUUCGCUGGACUGGAGGGAUAAAGGCUUGGUGACUUCAGUCAAAACUCAAGGUUCUUGCGGCUCUUGUUGGGCAUUUAGUGCAGUCGGAGCCCUGGAGGGGCAACUAAAGAAGUCCACAGGCAUCCUGAAGUCUCUCAGUCCCCAGAAUUUGGUGGACUGCUCCGCAAAAUACGGCAACUACGGCUGUCGGGGGGGCUUCAUGGCCAACGCCUUCCAGUAUGUCAUUCAAAACCGGGGCAUUGCAUCCGACACCUCUUACCCCUAUAUUGCAAAGCGGGAUCAAUGCAAGUACCGACCACAGUACCGGGCAGCCAACUGCUCCAAGUACGGCUUCCUGCCAAAGGGAGAUGAAUUUGCAUUGAAAGUUGGCUUGGCUAACAUUGGCCCCAUCUCUGUAGCAAUUGAUGCUUCUAGGCCAAAGUUUCUCUUUUAUCGUCAUGGUGUGUACCAGGACCAUACGUGCUCACACAAUGUGAACCAUGGGGUGCUGCUCGUAGGCUACGGCACUGAAAAUGGAGAGGAUUACUGGGUGGUCAAAAACAGUUGGGGAGAACGCUUCGGUGAUGGAGGAUUCAUAAAAAUGGCCCGGAACAAACACAACCAGUGUGGCAUCGCACUCUAUGCUUGUUUUCCAAUCAUGUGAUCGCUUGGGUUUAACUAUAUGAUCUUCUGAAUAAAGCAAAUUGGCAACUUGUUUGGCUUUCA